GAGGACUAACAUUUACGCGCAAAAUGCAACUGUGCGCGCUGUCGGGUGAAAAAUUUUAAAUGACAAACAGUUUUGUAACGAAUUUGUUUGCAGGUCACAAGACUACUGAAUGCCGCGAUGGAUAAUUCGUCGAGCAUAAAAUUUGGGGAUUUUAAGCAAGAGGAGCGUUAUAAAAGACUCGAACGUAACCUAAAACUUGCAUUUGUUAAGCAAUUGGAGCUUAUGAAAGUGCAAGAAGGAAAGUAUUGUCUGUCACCAACUUGGCCUAGCACUUCUAGCAUACACCCAGAUGGUUUUGAUACGACGAGCUCAGCGAACGAGGGGCCGCAUUAUCAGACUUCGAAAGCUGGGAGCGACGUAGUAUCUUCUAGUCUAAAUUUACGUAGAAUAUUAAAAAGUACCUGCGCCGAACGAAAACCAAUGGCUACGUCGAGCGUUAAGAAGUAUCCGGUGCAUGGUUUUGACAAGGAUCGAGCUAUUAUGCCACCGCCUGUUUUAUAUAAACCCGUAAAUUCCAAUGACAAAAACCUACCUCUUGUAAUGAAUUCAAAAUCCAAUGCCCAAGAUAAGCAGUGUAAAAAUCCAGAAUUAGAUAACAAAAGUUAUAGUUCUUCCGAAAGCAUUAUAAAUUCUUCUGCAAAUUUACAGGAUAUUAGCUUUUCCACAACAUCUGAAAUUAACGAUCAUAAGGGUUAUAGAAAUUUUGUUGAUUGGCGAGUAAUUUUAAACGAUCGAGGAGAAUUAAUUAUAAAAGGGACUCUGGACUGUGGUAGAAUUGGUCGUAGCAAACCUGUCGUUCAAAGAUUUUCGUGCACUAAAGUGCGAUCUUUAUAUAAACAUAUUUACAUAUUGAAUGGCAAUUUAGUUGAUAAUAGACGCGAGCUACCAGAUUAUAUUCGUGGAAAAUUUUACAAUGGAUUCCCGGAUGAUUGGGAAAAUGUCUAUCAAUUAUGGAGGAAGUUUAUAAGCGAAGGGUCACCGAUAACCUUUAGAUGGCCGAGACACGUGACCGAUAGCGAUGACGAUUUAAAUAGCGAAGUCACAGAUUUUACAUAUUUUAAACAAAUAUCGCAUAAUAAACAGACAAAUUUUUCAAACGCUACGUCGAAAAACGAUACUUCAUUAGAGAAUCGUGCAAAGCCAAAUGCAAGAGAACAUCAAACAAAUAAAACAAAUUUAGAACUUUCGAGGAAAGAAAGUGUUGAUUGUACAUCACCGAAAAUUCAUAAUACGAAUAAAAGAGUAGACGAUUCUGGUCAUUCGUCCGAAGUUCGAGAUAUCAGUACAAGCAAUGCUGAAUGUGCUACAAAUAAUAAUAGAAAAUGUACUCAUUGCACCACUUCAAAUUGCUCUAAUUCAAAUUUAAAAAAUACAAGUUAUCUAUAUGAAAUAAUACGAGAGGAUAAGCUAAGAAUUAUCCUUUCAAAUCUCGGAGAUAAAAAUUGCCCUCCACAAUACCUAGACAAAUUUAUUGGUUUUAUCGAUUGUCUCCGGUAUAUUUUAUCAUAUACACCGAGUAACGACUGUGAUGCAAAUGAUAAGCAAACUGAUAUAUUAUCGUCAAAAACUCGGGUACAGGAUUGUCAGAAUUGCAAUAAAACAAUAUCAUUUACGGAAGCACAAGAAACAAGACUACUGAGCCAAUUUAAUAUUCAAAAUUACAACGAAUGCGUAAAGCCGAAGGAAGUGAUGAAAUAUUCCGAGAAACCAGAUGAUAAUGUGACAUCGAACUGUUCGGAAUCCGACGAUACUGCCAACAAAUCAUCAAAUAGCGAUAUCUACAUGGGUAUUCCAAAAGUAAAUUGGAAUCGCGUCCUUCAAUCUAAAAUUCGGCAAUCCGAGUCCUACAAAGAUAUUCGAAGCCGUAAGAGAAAUAGAAAUACUACGAAAAUGAAACAAUUUCAAGAGCAAAUUGAAUGUAAUAAGAAUUAUAAGUCUCAAUAUCAUAACGAUUCGGACAUUGAUGUAUCUAGAUGUAAUUAUAAUCGUGAACAAACUCGUAAAACAAAGUCAUCUCCCCUUUUAGCAUAUAACAAUACAGAACAGCAAUGCAAUAAACAAUAUGACGUCGAAGAAGCUAAUAUUUCUGCGAAUGAAAACAACUGUGCCACAUCUUUUCCAAACAAAGCACCGAGGCCAGUCAUUGCGCAUUCGGAUAAAAUUAAAUAUAAUAUAAAAUUAGUGGAUUCGAGAGUCACUGCAAAAUCUAUUAACGAUAUUGAGAUUAUUAAUGCUGAAACUCAUAAUAAGAAACAAGCAUCGAAUUUUAAUAAAAUUAGUAACGAUGGUAGUAAAGAUAAUAAAAAUGACAAUAAAUUGAAUGAAAAAUCAUUGCAAGGCAAUUUUUUGGAACGCGAGUCGGAAGCUUUUGAAAAUGAAGAACAUCAGUGUGGAGCAAAGCAUUCUAAAAAUCAAAGUAAAAAUUGUUAUUCGGAUCAUGUAGAAAAAGGAGAUAAAGUGAAAAAUAAAAAAUUUAAGAUAGUAUCGAUCGAAAGUCAAGAAAUUGGACACAGAGAACCCGUUGUAUUGUUGUCUUGCGAGGAAAAAAAAAUGUCCUCAAAUAAUAAAAUAGCGAGGAACGAGCCAUUUGGAUCGAAACAAAAUCCAAAAUUGUUAGCAUCUUGGACACCUUGUGUUGUGCAAGAUAGCGCAAGAAUAAAUCAAUGCCAUUUAACAUUUGAAGGAAAAUUAUUAAACGAAGCUGGUCAUGUGCUCAACAGAAAAUUUGUCACCGAUUCAAUACUUACUAGACAUUCAUUGAAACUCGUUGAAACUGUCAAUAACGAUUAUUUUAUGCUAGUCGGCGAUCUUGCCAAUAAAAAUCUUGUACCGAAAGAAUUACUAAAAUUAUGCUUACAAGGCUGUCCUUCGAAAAUCGAUGAAUUUUGCCAAGAAUGGACUAACUUAAAAACAGUAUUUAAGAAAACGACUGAUAAAUCAAAGUUGAGCGAUCUAUCGGUUGGUGUCUUAAAAGUACCAACGAGUUCGCGCGGUCGACCACUUAUACCACCUCUGAAUUAUUGGCAGGGUGAACGAAUAACAACAAAGAAUUUCGACACGGUUUAUAAUCGAGGAAAUACGAUUGAAAGUUCAUUAUCGUCAAAAAUUGUACAUAAAAAACCCAAUAGCAAGAAAAAGACGAAUGAAAAAAUGAAUGAAAGUCCUAAAAAGCGUUUAAAAUUAGGAAACGAGUCACGUAUUAAAUCAAGAAAAAGAAAGAUAGUAAAGAGGAAUAAAAUUGACAAAACGUCCUCGAGUACCGAUGUUGAGGAUGCUUCAGAGGAUGAAGAAUUCAUACCAUACACUGUAAAUUUUACCGUACCAAUGAAUCGCAGAAAAAAUUUACGAAGCCAUUGUAACAAACAGCAUCCUCAAAAAGCCGAAACGAAUUACAAUAUGAGAACAAGAACUUCAACGAACAACACUAUGAAACUAGCUUGGACAUACGAUAAGGGAGAAUACGUCGAUGUAUUGUCGGACGAUUUAGCUUCUAUAAGAUGAAUCGAGCAUCAAUCAACUUAUUAGAUUUAUUUAAAUAAUUAAAUAAUAUAAUUUAUUUUAUUGGAUUUAUAUUAACA